AUCUAAAAAGAAUUGCUCUCAUAUUCCAUUCCUCACACUAAUUAAAUGCUCUUUGUUCUUUCACCCAUCCACUCCUCUACUCCUUCCCUUGCUACUAUCUAAGCUAGCUAGUUCUUCUUUCAGGGCACCAACUUCUCUUGAAUCAUGGAAAAACUGAUCAGCAACUGCAGUUGAGUGAGGUUGAGGCAAGAGGAUCAGCUGUGAUCAGUGAAAGUCUUCCUUCUUAAUUUCAUCACUAUAUAUCAUUUUUCAGAUUUUAAUUUCAGGUAGCUAGUGGUUGUCUGUCUCAUCAUGGCAUCCUCAAGCUCUUCCAACUCCCCCUGCGCUGCUUGCAAGUUCCUGAGAAGGAAGUGCAUACCAGGUUGCAUUUUUGCUCCAUACUUCCCACCGGAAGAGCCACAGAAGUUUGCAAACGUGCACAAAAUCUUCGGAGCAAGCAAUGUGACCAAGUUACUGAAUGAAGUGCUUCCUCACCAAAGAGAAGAUGCAGUGAACUCACUUGCAUAUGAAGCUGAAGCACGCAUGAAAGAUCCUGUUUAUGGGUGUGUUGGAGCCAUUUCAGUGUUGCAGAGGCAAGUCCAGAGGUUGCAGAAGGAGCUUGAUGCUGCCAAUGCUGACCUCCUUCGUUAUGCUUGUGGUGAGAUCCCUACUGCUAUGCCAGUUGCUGCAAUAGCUACUGGUAUGACUGCAUCUAGAGUUAACAACAAUGGGGGAGGAAAUGGAGGAGGAGCUCUUUACUAUACUUCUGGACCACCUCUUUCUUAUUCUCCAAAUCUAUGGAGUACUACUGGGAACAAUAACCAUAAUAAUAAUAGUGGAAAUACUAGUGCAGGAGAUCAUAUGGAUCAUCAAAGGAAGGGAAGGGAGACCAGAAUGUGAAGUCAAGAGACACAGCUAGCUAGCUUCUUCAUUAAUUACUGCUAUAUUUAUGUGUGUGUCUCAGUGUCUCCUUUUAUUUUCAGUAAGUGCUUCUUAUCAAGAACUUGAGUAAUUGCUUGUGUUUCAAUGUGUCAUGGCUUUAGUGAUAUAUCCCUUUAUGUUAUUGAUUUUGUUAGAUCAAGGUCUUGUUUAGGGUUUAAAUUUGGGAUGAACUUUGAUGGUUCAAUGAGAUGUUUUUGUUCCCAUGAAUUGAUGCCGAGUUGUUGUUAGUUUGAUUCUGAACAUGAUAGCUCUAUAUAUGUAUGAUUUUCCUCUC